AUGAAGGAACAGUUUUCAGCUCGUACGCGCAGCCGGCCGCAGCAGAUCAGCGGCGCGCUCGACCGGCCGGUCUUGUUGCGAGACAGUCAGGGAUACAUCAGGGGAGAAUGUAUCCAAGCUGUUCUAGACUGGCUACAAUCGAUUAAGCCCGGGUUCCGGUGCCCGGAGUUUUACAUCUGUAGCGCGCGAGCAGAUGGCCUGGAUGUGGAGAAGGUGUGGGCCAGCUUGAAGAGGAAGGUAGAGAGAGUGUAUGGGGAUUGGUCAAUCGUUGGCACAAUGGUGAACCUGGGGAACGUCCAUUGGGCAGCGCUCGUAAUCUGCCGGGGAGACAGGGCAGUGGAGUACUACGAUCCGUUUGGAACUCCGCCACAGCCCAAGGUCCGAGAACUGCUCGAAGUCCUUGCACUUCGAGUGGGAAGAAACAAUGGCAACGGAGCGCCAUUCGGGGUGAGGGUGAACAAGGCGCAACACCAAACCAGCCUAACGGAGUGCGGCCUGCACUCGCUGGUCUUCGUGUACAGGAGGUCGAUGAACAAGAGGUGGUUCGAUUGCACGGCAGGCUCGUCGGGGUCAAUGAAGGCCUUGCAGGCGUGGUCGAAAGUCAUUUUUAGUGGAGAGGCCCUUUUCAAUGAGUAG